UACAGACGCGCCACAUUUUCCCUUCUUCGGUUUGAGCUCUCAGGCCUUUUGAUUUGAACAAGGAGUUUAAAAAACUAAAAUGACCUUGACCCAACUGUGCUACGUGUGCCUCGCGGUGCUGCUUGGAUCCCUCGCGCUUUCCCGAGUGGACGGCGCUCCCCAGUCGGAGCGACUCGGAGAAUACCUGGAGACGGAGGAGGACCUUGCUCGAAUGCUCUUACUGGACUAUCUGGCUGAAAUGGCCCCUGCCCGCACCAACGAGGUACUACCCGAGGAGGAGGUGUCGGGGAUCAGGGAAGUGAUGCGGCGCCACCUGGCCCUUUCCCAAAGGGAGCGCAAGGCAGGCUGCCGGAACUUCUUUUGGAAGACGUUUACAUCUUGUUAGUGCUUUAGACAUAUUAUACAUGAUACAGAAUUUAUUAUUGUGGCGUCUUUUUAAUACAUAUUUAAUUUACAAUU